CUCGCCGAGCAAAAACUAGGGUUCUUCGCGCAGGGGCUCUGAUCGAUGGCGGCCAUGGAUCCCGAUCAGGUGUCGCGGGCAUUCGUGGAUCACUACUACAACACAUUCGACGCCAACCGCGCCGGGCUCGUCUCGCUCUACCAGGACGCGUCCAUGCUCACCUUCGAGGGCCAGCAAUUCCAGGGCGCGCCCAACAUCGCCAACAAGCUCAAUAGCUUGCCCUUCCAGCAGUGCAAGCACAACAUCUCCACGGUCGACUGCCAGCCCUCGGGCGCGCACGGAGGUAUGCUCGUCUUUGUCAGCGGGAUCCUCCAGCUCCCCGGCGAGGAGCACCCCCUCAAAUUCAGCCAGAUGUUCCAUCUCGUUCCCACGGCCGAGGGUUCCCUCUUCGUCCUCAACGACAUCUUUCGACUGAACUAUGCUUAGCUCGAACUUGGCUGGGGAGGGAAAUGAAAAAGAAAAACAACUGAUUGCUGCCUUUUUUUUGUGCUAUUGUAUUUAUCCACAUUAAGUAUGUAUUUACUCAAAAGCCUC